AACAAUGGCUGAACGAGGAUACAGCUUCUCCCUCACUACUUUCAGGUAAAUUAAAAGUACAAUAGAUUUCUGCGUAGCAAUCCAAAACGUACGCAAUUAACACCUUACCAUGAAGCCAUUAUCUGCGAUAGUUGUGAUCUUAUUAUAACUAUAUGGCCAUUAAAUGCACUUGAGGCAACACUACAAGAGAUGCAGUGUCACGCCGAUGUUAGCGAAUGCUUAGCUAACUAGCUUCCUACCGCUGUUGAAGAGUUGAAGCCACUGAUGAUGUAUAGCUUGAAGCGGGUUAGCUAGCCUAAGCUAACUAAUAUAUAAUAAUAUAAUAUGCCAUUUAGCAGACGCUUUUAUCCAAAGCGACUUACAGUCAUGCGUGCAUACAUUUUUGUGUAUGGGUGGUCAUCGGGGAUCGAACCCAGAUAUAAGAUAGAUAGUUAACAUAUCUAAUGUAGGCUAAUGUCAUAAUAUUUGUACUGGCAAUGCAGUUGCUAUCUAUUUUUGUUUUCCCAAUAAAAAACCCGUUAGCAAACUAGCUACAAUCCCCAUAGCUACUGUGUAACGUUAACUGGCUAACGUUAGCUAGCUACAUAAACAAAACUAUUCGGGUUUUGGCUACUAGCUACACAGCUGUCGUUAGUUAGCUAACUAGAUAGAUGAGUAGCUAACUAGCUAGUGAGAUAUUUAGCUAGUUAAGUUAGCUAACGUUAAAUGGUUGUAACUAAGAUUGAAUUAGAACAUUUCCAUGCUACAUAUCUUCCUCUUUUCCAACAGCCCCUCUGGGAAGCUGGUCCAAAUUGAAUAUGCCCUGGCAGCUGUGGCCGCAGGUGCACCCGCUGUGGGAAUCAAAGGUAAGUAGCUAACGUUAGCUAGUUAAAUAAAAACAGUGAUUUGGUGCAGGUAACGUUAGUUUACACCCACCCUGUCUAUUUAUUCGGGAAACACUCUUUUAAAGCCACUUUGAUACCGAAGUGACUUUCUCGUAGCAGGUUAGUGAAAAUGCUCUCCGAACCUGCGACGAAAAAAAUACUAAGUGUCCACUAUUUUUUCAGUGUUUUGACUGAUUUCAUUUAUCAGUGUCCACCCAAUUAAACGCCUCAACAAAGGAGUUGUACAUGUCACUACUCAACAUUCACUUUACUGAUCACAUUCUCAAGUAGCCUAAUGAGAGCUGAUUGCAAGCAUUGGAAUUUCAUGUAUUUUUGUUCCACUUCUUCCAGCCUCAAAUGGCGUUGUCUUGGCAACAGAGAAGAAACAGAAGUCCAUCCUGUAUGAUGAGACCAGUGUUCACAAAGUCGAGCCCAUAACCAAACACAUCGGCAUGGUGUACAGUGGCAUGGGACCUGACUACAGGUAAUGAGACCUCCUGCUUACCGGAAUUUAACUUAAACACAUAGCAUGUACUGUUCUUAUGACACUCCCUAGGUACUCUAGUAUACUGGCCACUUAAUAGGCACAUUAUGUUGUUUUUCAUUGAAUAGGCCUAUUUGUAAGGUUUAUGAUCUCUUAGUGUGCAUGGUCAAAUAAGGUAAAUCAACAAAGUAAACUAAAGCUACAGUCCUUGACUGUAAUGAGUACUUAGAGAGAUGCUUUUUGUUGUGUUGACAGGGUGCUGCUCCGGAGAGCCAGGAAGUUGGCCCAGCAGUACUUCCUGGUGUACCAGGAGCCCAUCCCCACAGCUCAGCUUGUUCAGAGGGUGGCCUCUGUCAUGCAGGAAUACACACAAUCAGGGUAUGGAGUAGGCUAAAAGUCAACUGUUUGUUUUCAGACUGUUAAGUAAGAAUCAUAGAAAAACUCUAUUAAACCCCAAUUAUGCUAAGUGUACCAUAUUAUGUAUUGGAUGUUAAAAUACACAAUUUUUAUAUUAUCUUGUAGUUUACCAAUAAAAUGGGCUGAUGGUGACGUAGACAUACUUGGUAUUCAUAUUCCUAAAGAUAUAAAUGAAUUUACCACAACCAAUUUCAAUAGAAAGUUUACAAAAAUAGACAAGAUUCUACAACCAUUUAUGGAAAAAUCACAGUUUACUUACGGCGCUGCCUACUCCAGACGAAAAUAUAUGGGAAUGUUUGCUCAAUCCAAAGUUACAACCAACUGAUUGCAGCAUUACUGCAAAAAUGGAGGAGGCAAGUGGAAGCGGGAGAAGGUAGGGAAUAUAUCAAAGACAAAUAUUAGCUGAAAAAGAUUGGCAUAAGUAGAAAAAUAUACCAGUUUCAGUUGAGGACAAAAAUGGUGACGGCUGCGCCAUACAGGUUGCUAAAUAGCUGGGAAGAGAUUUUCGAUGUACCGAUUCCACCGCACAUGGUGUAUGAACUGAUACAAAAAACAACACUUGAUUCAACGCUUCACGUUUUUCAAUUUAAAUUAUUAUACAAAAUUCUUGCCACCAACAGAAUGUUAUAUACACAAAACAUUAAGGACACCUGCUCUUUCCAUUACAUAGACUGAACCGGUGAAUCGAGGUGAAAGCUAUGAUCCCUUUUGUCUCUUGUUAAAUCCUCUUCAAUAAGAGUAGAUGAAGAGGAGGAGAUGGGUUAAAGAAGGAUUUUUAAGACUUGAGACAUGGAUUGUGUAUGUGUGCCAUUCAAAGGGUGAAUGGGCAAGACAAAAAAUGGUAGUAGGUGCCAGGCGCACCGGUUUGUGUCAAGAACUGCAAAGCUGCUGGGUUUUUCACGUUCAACAGUUUCCCGUGUGUGUAUCAACAAUGGUCCACCACCCAAAGGACAUCCAGCCAACUUGACACAACUGUGGGAAGCAUUGGAGUCAACAUGGGCCAGUAUCCUUGUGGAACGCUUUCGACACCUUGUAGAGUCCAUGUCCUGACGAAUUGAGGCUGUUCUGAGGACAAAAGGGGUGGGGGGUGGAACUCAAUAUGUGUAUCAGGGUUUCCGUUAGGAAAAUGUGGUGCUGGACAUUUGACUGGCAACAUUUGAGAAAUCUGCCGAACCCAUAUGCAUUGGGUGCGUAAGCUAAUUAGGGCGUCCACCCACAGUGCUCAGAAUGACAGUAAUCACAUUUAGAUUAUGGUAAUUCAUAUUAAUUAACAGAACAUGCAUGUCUAACAAUGUGCGGUCCUUCUGACCGAAUUCUGAUGUUCCCUUUGAAGAUGUUAGAAUAACUGUCCACGUUUACUUUUCCUCAGCCAAGAAGACGAAUAAUGAACAGCAAAAUCACUAGCCUAUGUCAAUCUUCUAUCCCCUAUAGUAGAAAAGUUUACCUAUUCUAUUGGUCAGCUUGUCGAGAAAGAAAUUCCAAACACUGGGACAGUUGUGGGAAGAUGUAUCCCAAAAUCAUACAACCAGUAGGCUUAGGCAAAACAUUUUUUAAAGCAAUGAGUGAUGCAAAAGAUCAGAACAUUUAGCUUAAAAUGUUGAUAAACUAUAAUUUGUGCGAAUGUUCGCUCCAUAAUGCAAUUAGCGGGGAAAAACAAUUGUCGAAAGGGCACCGCACAUGCGAGCAGUUUCAUGUGACAGAGAUUAAAAUAUCCAUUAGAUAUUUAGAGAGAUCUAAUAUGCUACUUUGAAGCAAGGUAAGACACGCAUCAUUUAUUAAAACGUUCUGGUUUCAAACAAUUGAGUAUAUGUUUCAAAAUGCGUAGCCUACUGCCUCCAGCUCAUUGCAAAGUGGUGUGUGAUGCGCUGAUGAGGCCUACCUUCUGUUGCUGUUUGAGAUGCUGCAGCAGCAGCUCUCGCCCUGUCUGACAGAUUUUCUGCUCAAAGACUCUGUAUGCUGUACGGUUGUGAUAAAUAAGAUGCAUAAUUAAUAUACUGUAGCCUACACACCGGCAAUUUAAUUAGACUAAAUUAUGCAAAUUAACCUAUAGACCAAUAAGCAUGACCAGUCAAAUUUAUUUCCAUCAAUGAAUAGGCUAAAAAGCAUUAUUUCGCAAUGGGAUUUUAUAUUCUACUCCCGGACAAUUGACCUGCACAAAAUGUAUUUAUCGGGCUUUUAGAAUUUAUCGGACAAACGCCGGCUAUUACCAGCUAACGUAAACCCUGGUGCGUAUAUGUGUGUGUGUGUGUGUGUGUGUAUAUAUACUGAACAAAAAUAUAAACGCAACAUAAAACAAUUUCAAAAGAUUUUACUGAGUUACAGUUCAUAUAAGGAAAUCAGUCGAAAUAAAUUCAUUAGACCCUAAUCUAUGGAUUUCACAUGACUGGGAAUACAGAUAUGCAUCUGUUGGUCACAGAUAUCUUUUAAAAAAAGGUAGGCGUGUGGAUCAGAAAACCAGUCAGUAUCUGGUGUGACCACCAUUUGCCUCAUGCAGUGCGACAUCUCUUUCACAUAGAGUUGAUCAGGCUGUUGAUUGUGGCCUGUGGAAUGUUGUCCCACUCCUCUUCAAUGGCUGUGCGAAGUUGCUGGAUAUUGGCGGGAACUGGAAUACGCUGUCAUAAAUGUCGACCCAGAGCAUCCCAAACAUGCUCAAUGGGUGACAUGUCUGGUGAGUAUGCAGGCCAUGGAAGAACUGGGACAUUAUCAGUUUCAUGCUGAAACAGGUGAUGGUGGCGGUUGAAUGGCACGACAAUGGGCCUCAGGAUCUCGUCACGGUGUCUCUGUGCAUUAAAAUUGUCAUCGAUAAAAUGCAAUUAUGUUUGCUGUCUACAGCUUAUGCAUGCCCAUACCACAACCCCACACAACGCCAUACGUGGUCUGUGGUUAUGAGGCCGGUUGGAUGUGCUGACAAAUUCUCUAAAUCGAUGGAGGCGGCUUAUAGUAGAGAAAUGAAUAUUACAUUCUCUGUCAACAGCUCUGGUGGACAUUCCUGCAGUCAGCAUGCCAAUUGCACGCUCCCUCAAAACUUGAGACAUCUGUGGCAUUGUGUUGUGACAAAACUGCACAUUUGAAAACCGCUCGCCCCCACGACCCAAUACUCACGAUCUAUCUUCUGCCCGGUACAGUUGAAACCCUGGAUUAAUCCAUGAAGAGUACACUUCUCCAGCGUGCCAGUGGCCAUCCAAGGUGCGCAUUUGCCUACUGAAGUCAUUUACGACGCCAAACUGCAAUCAGGUCAAGACCCUGGUGAGGACGACGAGCACGCAGAUGAGCUUCCUUCCCUGAGACUGUUUCUGCCGAAAUUCUUCGGUUGUACAAACCCCCAGUUUCAUCAGCUGUCCGGGUGGCUGGUCUCAGACGAUCACGCAGGUGAAGAAGCCGGAUGUGGAGGUCCUGGGCUUGCGAGGUUACACGUGGUCUGCGGUUGUGAGGCCGGUUGGACGUACUGCCAAAUUCUCAAACUGUUGGAGGCGGCUUAUGGUAGAGAAAUUAACAUUUAAAUUAUCUGGCAGCAGCUCUGGUGGACAUUUCAGCAGUCAGCAUGCCAAUUGCACGCUCCCUCAAAACAUGACACAUCUGUAGCAUUUUAUUGUGACAAAACUGCACAUUUUAGAGUGGCCUUUUUGUCUCCAGCACAAGGUAAACCUGUGUAAUGAUCAUGCUGUUUAAUCACCUUCUUGAUAUGCCACACCUGUCAGGUGGAUGGAUCAUCUUGGCAAAUGAGAAAUGCUCACUAACAGGGAUGUAAACACAUUUGUGCAUAACAUUUUUGAGAAAUAAAGCUUUUUGUGCACAUGGAAAGUUUCUGGGGUCUUUCAUUUCAGCUGAUGAAACAUUUUUAUCUUGCCCAUUCACCCUCUGAAUGGCACAUACACAAUCCAGGUCUCAAUGGUCUUGGCUUAAAAAUCCUUCUUUAACCAGUCUCCUCCCCUUUAUCUAUAUUGAUUGAAGUGGAUUUAACAAGUGACAUCGAUAAGGGAUCAUUGCUUUCACUGGUCAGCCUAUGCCAUGGAAGGAGCAGGUGUUAAUGUUUUGUAUACUCAGUGUGUGUGUGUAUAUACAGUGCAUUCAAAAAGUAUUCAGACCCUUUCACUUUUUCCAUAUUUUGUUACAUUACAGCCUUAUUCUAAAAUUGAUAAAAUUAUUGUUUUCCCUCAUCAAUCUACACACACUACCCCAUAAUGACAAAGCAAAAACAGGUUGACAUUUUUGCAAAUUGAUAAGAAAUAUAAAACUAAAAUCACAUUUACAUAAGUAAGUGUUGAAGCACCUUUGGCAGCGAUUACAGCCUCAAGUCUUCUUGGGUAUGACGCUACAAGCUUGGCACACCUGUAUUUGGGGAGUUUCUCCCAUUCUUCUCUAAAGAUCCUCACAGCAAUUUUCAGGUCUAUCCAGAGAUGUUCGGCCGGGUUCAAGUCCGGGCUCUGGCUGGGCCACUCAAGGACAUUCAGAGACUUGUCCCGAAGCCACUCCUGCGUUGUCUUGGCUGUGUGCUUAGGGUCAUUGUCCAGUUGGAAAGUGAACUUUCGCCUCAGUCUGAGGUCCUGAGCGCUCUGGAGCAGGAUAUCAUCAAGGAUCUCUCUGUACUUUGCUCCGUUCAUCUUUCCUUCGAUCCUGACUAGUCUCCCAGUCCCUGCCGCUGAAAAACAUCCCCAAAGCAUUAUGCUGCCACCACCAUGCUUCACCGUAGGGAUGGUGCCAUGUUUCCUCCAGACGUGACACUUGGCAUUCAGGCAAAAGAGUUCAAUCUUGGUUUCAUCAGAUCAGAGAAUCUUGUUUCUCAUGGUCUAAGAGUCUUUCGGUGUCUUUUGUCAAUCUCCAAGUGGGCUGUCAUGUGCCUUUUACUGAGGAGUGGCUUCCGUCUGGCCACUCUACCAUAAAAGCCUGAUUGGUGGAGCGCUGCAGAGAUGGUUGUCCUUCUGGAAAGUUCUCCCAUCUCCACAGAAGAGCUCUGUCAGAGUGACCAUCGGGAUCGAGGGGAAAAAUGAACGGAGAAAAGUACAGCGAGAUACAUUCUAUGACUGUCUGGGGAAAAAAUGUAGUUAUUCUAAUGUGAUAUAAUUCAAUUAAUGUAAAUUGAUUUGACCAAUGAAGGCUUUCGUGAGGGAGUCAAUUUGUUUCAUGUAGGCUUAAAUGUUGUUUUUUGUCUUCCGCUGCAGGGGUGUCCGUCCUUUCGGAGUAUCCUUGCUAAUCGCUGGUUGGGAUGAGGACAGACCAUACCUUUUCCAGUCCGAUCCAUCUGUAAGGGCUAGUUACCACCUUUUGAGAUAUGAACAUGUUUGUCUUAUGUAUUUUUUGUGAGAUCAUGAUGACUAUCAUGGUUUGAUUUCUCCACACAGGGAGCAUAUUUCGCCUGGAAAGCAACUGCUAUGGGCAAGAACUACGUCAAUGGUAAAACAUUCCUUGAGAAAAGGUAUUUCAAUCUAGUUCUCCCCCCCGUCCAAUUGGCACCAUAUUCACAACAUACGCAUGUCAUGUGGAAGUUGAGGUUAAACUGCAGCUGUUAGUAACCCUUUAUAAAUGUGGGGUAAAUUAAUGUCUCACUCAGAUACAAUGAGGACCUGGAACUGGAAGAUGCCAUUCACACAGCAAUCUUGACUUUGAAGGUGAGUUACUCUCUUGAAAGCCUCUCCUGCUGGGCUUCUAUGUGCUCCUGAUGUCAGACACACAUCUGUUAAGAGACCAGCAGCCUCUUGUGGUCUUUUUACAUUUGGGUCAUGAGCAGAAUCCUGAAUGCUGUAUUUUAUUCACAGGAAAGCUUUGAGGGUCAGAUGACCGAAGACAAUAUUGAAGUGGGGAUCUGCAAUGAAGCCGGCUUCAGGCGUCUGUCACCUGCAGAAGUGAAAGACUACUUGGCGGCCAUCGCUUAAAACAAAUGUGACUCGUGUUAGUGUGAUUUGAUUGUUUAUCUUUGGUUAUUGCAAAAAUAAGUUGACUACUGUAUUUUCCAACAUAACAGCAUUUGUUUCCCGUUUGUAUUCCAGUCCCUCCCUUCUGACAAGUUCAGUAACUUUCAAUAAAUUCCAGAAAGUAAAGAA